AUGGCGAGCCAGUGCGGGGGUCUGAAGGUUUUGUCGCACAAUGGGGUCAAGGUGUACUGUAUCACGGGCCACCGAUACGGUGCCACACCUAUACCAACGAGCAAGUUGAAGUCCCUCAAAAAGGACGAAGGUGCGCCUAGAUUUAUUUUCUUUUCGGUCGUCUUAUGUGCAAUUGUGCUCCCGAGAUGCAGGCUCAGGACCCUUCCGUCUUAACUUCUGUAACAUAUCACCAAAAUUGUCCGCGUUAAUUUUUCUUUUUUUGGGUCACUGGAGGUCUAUUUGGAUAUGAUCUCAUCCGGGCUUGUCUUUACUUUUUCCUUCGAAAUAGUUGUGUAACAUCCUAUGGUGGCAUUUACCUCAUUUUUUAUGAACUAAAUGCCCUUGGUAACUUAUUUCUACCAGAAUUCAAGAGAAGACUUGACGUCAUUCAUGAUUUGAAAUUUGAGACAGCAACAUCCCGAAUUAAGGUUACUCCUGAUGGUGAAUAUGUUAUUGCAUCAGGUAUUUCACUGCCACAGAUUCUUUAUUAACGACUUGGCGUUGAAAUGAAGGUUUUUUUUUACACGUUGAAUUGCGCUUCCGUUUCAUAUGUCUAGAGUGCAGUUUUUAAGUUCAAAAAACCACCUACUCCUAGAGGGACAACUCUGCACCCAUCUUAUACACGGUCUAUUAUUGUGCGCUUACUUUGACUAAAUCGACCAACUGUAGUUUAGCAUAUUCGCUCCUUUGUCCGUGUUCGCACGUGGGAUCAAUGUUUCCAUUCGAAACCGUAGUAUACAAAUAGGUUCGUAUUGAAUGAAAACCGUUCACAUCUGAUGGAGCAUAAGAUGGCCUUAGUGUUGACAUGGAUGUAUGUCUGAAGCUCGAAGAAACCACUAAAAAUAAGGUGCAAUGGCCUUAGUGUUGUAUAAUCUGCAUGUAUUUACUCGUGUUCAUGCAGAUGUGAAAUUAUCAAAACUAUGUUGAAGGAAGGUUGGUUGAAACUUAAUGUUAUUAUGAGAACAGACAUUUCUUGCUUGGCGCCGCACUAUGCUCUGCUUCAAAAAAUGAUUCGGUGGAACCGGUGAACCACGCGAGCUGGUUAGAUGCGUGGGACAGAGGGCUCGUUGUACCUGCUAAAAUUCGUAAUUGCUAAAAAUUCUUCAACAUUUAGACGAUUUUUCUCAGAGUUUUCAUGAUAAGUAAUGGGAAAUAAAUCUGGGAUAAUCAAUGUUUGAUGUUACAGUUAUUUUCUUUCCUUUUUUUGUAUAAAAAAUAUUAUACUCUCUGUGCCACAAAUGUUCUCUUUUUGCUUCCGAUAUAUUUUUCGCUGUUGUAGUAGAUACUGUGUUACGCUGUGUGUACUAUGAAUAUGUGUAUCUUUCUUUGGAAUUUUGGUUGAUAAAAUCAAAGUGGUCAUUCAUAUGGGUGGGUGUGUGUCACAGAGAGAGAGAGAGAGAGAUAACAAUAUCACCUUCUUGUUGUGGCGUGUAGGAAUUUACCCUCCUGCAGUAAAAGUUUACGAACUGAAGGAUAUGGCACUGAAGUUUGAAAGGCAUCUCACAUCUGAAAUCAUAAAUUUUCAGGUAUGUGCUUUUAAUGUUGCCCAUUUCUCCCUUCCCUGUGCUUGCUGAGGGAAAAGUAAAUAUGUUUCUCUGAAUUGCUCAGAUUGUUCCUGUCAAAUUUUUUCAACUUGACUCUUUGUUUCUGUUCAUUCCUUGAAAUUGUUAUUUUGUUAAAUUAGCUAAAGAAUGUUGUAAUUUUAUUUGACUACUCUCAUAACCCUAUUAAAAAUGGCUGGAGGAGUUGAAUGGAGUUACGUAGUGUAUCUCUUCUCUCACUUGGUAGCUGCGGCCCUCCUCCAUGGAGUCAGUCUCGCCAUUGUUGUCAUUAAUUUUGUAGAGAAUUGCCAAGAGCUUGUGCAUACUUGCUGUCCUCUCAUUUAAGGUGCUGCUAUCGUCUUGAAUGGAAGUGAAAUGUGAUGCGUGUGUUCUGGUAGAACACAGCGAGCAUGAUGUCACUGACAUUUUUUAAGCUCUGAAGAUGUAUCACGUGCUUCCUGAUAUUGCAAUUUGCAAUGGAAAAUGAUCUUCAUGCUAUGAACUGAUCUUUCCAUCACUCAUUCUCUGAAUUUCUCUCAUGUAUGAACUAAUGUUUCAGGCCCAGGGAUUAACAUGGGAUUUGAAAUACAUCAUUGUGCUAUUCUCAACUUAUUUUCUUUAUGUAUCUUUAUUAGAGUUUAGAGCCUAUCCUUUGGUCUUGGAUUCUGAAAAUGGCUAAUCAUAUAUGUAAUUUUUUGAGGAGACAAGGAAGUAAGCUUGAUCCAUUGACCUUAAGUUUUUUUUCUAAUGAAAAUUGUUUUAAAGGAUGUUGUAUAGGUGAGACACGAUUAGAAUGUCAUGUUGCGGAAGCCCAAUAUAAGAUAACUAGAAGCAAUCUAAUUUAGCAGUCAUAUUUUACUGAGUAUUGAGCAUGAUAUUUUUGCAAGUUCGACAGGUGUCGUUUUUUAUGUUGAGUGGAAUGCUAUUGCCUGCAUAUUUCAUUGUCUGUUUGAAGCAUCUUCUUAAAUGUGCCAUGGGUGGGGGCGGCAGUGUUAGCCAUUGCCACUGUUGCACACAACAGCACGGCCAAUCAUGCUGCCAAUACGUUUAACAGCAAUAAGAGCUGUAACUAAUAAUGGGAACUUCUGAAGCAGCUGCCGUUAGUGGCACAUUUUCUUUUGAAAAUUUUAAAUUGGAUUUCUUUGAAUAGCAUGCGUGGAGUGCAAGCUAUCGUCUUUUUUGGAACUUUGUUUUGACUUUAUGGUUUCUAUAGUCUUUUUGAUGAAGUGUACAAUAUCUUUGCUCAUCUAGGUGUUGUGUGACGACUAUUCAAAGAUUGCAUUUCUUUGUGCUGAUCGUUCUGUUUGCCUACAUGCAAAGUAUGGAAGUCAUUACAGCCUGCGCAUACCAAGGUUAUUUACCAUUCUCAAACAUGCCGAUUUCAUUGUCAUUGGUGCAUGCUGUGAUAGCCAAUAUGAAUGGUUAAUAAACUUCUGAGGAGGGGUAGAUAUUUGAGGUUAUUUCUUUUUGGGUUUCUUUUAGAUAUCAUAAUCAACAUCAAGCAUGAAGUCAUUUGUGCUUGAAGUGCGUCUACUUAUAUCCCUGAAGACUAAGGAUAGACCAUUCUGUUCUAGCUUAUCACCUUGUUGGAUGGUAAGUGAAGACAUUUUUGGGGUGUUCUUUAAUGCUGUUUCUUUAUGUUUUCAGUGACAAAUGGUUCUUUUGUCAUCCUUUCAUAAGUAGAUUAUUCCUGCCAUCAACAUAAUAUGAAGCAUGAAACUUAAGGUAUAUAUGCCUAAAAUUUGCAUCAUUGUGGUUUCUCUGUUAAAUUAUCUCUCAUGUUUAUUUUAGUGGAUGAAUGCUUCUUCAUGAAUGAACAUGUAGGGAAAAGAACAGAAAAUCUAUAACAUGAUGUCUUUUUGUGAAAAAUAUGAGUGUCUUCCUAGAGGGACAAAUGAAUCGUGGAGGCCAUCGAGAUUUGUCUUCAUUGUUGAAUCAGUAGGCAGGUGUCAUGGCUGGCAUAUGUCUGAACAUAAACACACCACUUUCUUUUGUUGUUUUAGGUAUUUCUUAUGUUUGGUUCAAAAGCCAUGCGUAGACCACUUUUUGUGUUCUUUAAGGAUCCAUUAAAAAGAAACAAAAGGAAACAAAUAGGCUUGUCAGCAAGUUGGAAUCUUUGAGCACAUGGUCUGACUCCCCCCCCCCCCCUCCGGCCAAAGUGAUCAAUCUUUGAGCACAGCCACUCCUUGAUCAAUCUCGGACAUAUUUUUCUGAUUUAAUUCUAAGGCAUCAUCAAUAGACGAACUAUUUUAAAAUAUUUUAAAAUAUUUUAAUUCUAAGGCAUCAUCAAUAUUUUGAUACACUUAUCUGCUGCGACUCGAGGCAUUGUUUAAUAUGUUUGUUUGAUAUCCAUUUUGUUUCUCCACUUUGAACGUCCACAGCAACAUCUAAAGCCCUAAUGUUUUGGAAUAACUUGUGGGCGAAGCUAUUGCUAAUGAUUUUUGUAUGAUUUUACAGAAUGGGGAGAGAUAUUACUUAUGACUGCUGGUCUUGUGACUUAAUCUGUGCUGCUUCUUCUCCAGAAGUUUACAGAAUCAAUUUGGAACAGGUCUUUCAUUUAUAUUCUAAUGAUUAAAUUUCUAGACUUCAAUUCUACUAUUUGCUGGUUUCAAUACUUGCCUUUAUUUUAUAUUUCUUUACUGAGUGAUAUAUUUUUUCUGCUCUUCUCUCAGCAUUUAUAGAAUCAAUCUGGAACAGGUUCUCGUUGACAGUCUAUAAAGUUUUGUAAAUGUGUAGACUCUUUUGCUGAUUGAUGCGUACUACAAUUUUAUGUAUUUUGUUUAGUACCAAUCUUAUUUCAUAUGGAUUCUUUUCUUUAUUUCAAGCUAGCUGCUGUGUAAUUGCUUACUCUAUUGUACCAGAUCAGUUGAACUGACCUCUCUAACUUUCGAAAAGGUUUUGCUUCUGAUUGGACCCUUUGUUCAGAUCCCAGUGGGAGGUUCAUCUUUGCUGACGAAGUGUAUUUAUUAAAAAAGUUUUAAUCUCUUCAAAUUCAUUCUAAUAGUUUAUCAGGGGAACAUGUCAGAAAUUUAACCAAUAGUUGUAUUUAUGUGCAUGGGAAUGUACAUCAUUGAUUAAAAAGGGCUGAACUUGUCCCUUUUUUAGAUAUUUGAAAAUGGUAAAACUUGGUGUGUUGGAAGUUCUAGGUCGUAGAGAAAUAGUGCAAUUAGUUGAUGGUGUUUUGGCAAAAGUUGUGUAUUGUUACUCCCUAUAUAAUGGGGGUUAGAGUUGAAUGAAUCUUGAGGUGGUUUCUACUGUUCUCCCCUCCAUCCUUCGUCAAGGUUUUUUCUCCAUUUCCAACAGUAUGUUGGCUUGAAAGCGAGAACAUAGAUCAUUGAUUAAUGGUUAAAAAAUUGUGUAAUAAAGGACAUACACAGUGAAGUAGAUAAUUUGGGGUUGCGGUAUGUCCUCUUUUCUCUAGCGGGUGCUUUAUUCUGCGUUCUUGGAAGACUUCAGAGGAAGACUAUUUGUGAGAAGCUUCGAUGCUGCUGAUCAUCUACCCUUCUCUCCAUCCACCUGUUCUCGUUUUCUUGAUUGUCAGUGAAUGUACAUCUUGCGGCUUUUCUCUCAUUGCUUGAGCUAGAUUGUGAGAGAUGACCACGACGCAAUUUUUCUUAUGAACAUGCAAGAAUGAUUGCGUGGCCAAUGCUGACCAGUAUUGGCCAUCAUUUGGCCCUCAUUACCUACUCAUACCUUUCUGAUUGUACAUCCUUCUGCCUGAUUUUUAUUGUAAGUAGUCAAUUCAGCCGUAUGCUGACCAGUAUUAUUCUUGUGGGAAACCAAAACAGUCAAGUGAGGGGUAAAGUAAAGCACCAUUUUAGCCCUCCUCUCUCUCAUCCGAUAUCUUUCUCUCCCCCAUUUCUCUCCAGCUAUCGCCUCUCUCAUGCAUAUCCUGCUUUGUCUCUCUUCACGUCUGUUUUUUCAGGAUCAUAGACUUGAGGCCUUCAGUUCAUCAUUUGGUCAGAACAAUGCGUAGAAGAUGGGAGUAAUCUCACAAAUCAUUCCGUUCACUUGUCGUUACCCUAUAUUCUUUCCUUCAUUCGCACCUGACCUUUCUCUUGUUUCCACGAAGGCAAUACUAAUGAUGGUCUUUUUUUACAGCUUUUCUUUUUUGGGACAUGAUUCAUUUCUAAGGCUAAUUAAAACAGUUUUUCAAGGCUUUCUCUUUAUUGGUUGGCUCACCCGAUUUUCAAGCAUCUCAGAUCUAUCAGUUUCUUACAUGGGAUGGUCUCUCUUGUCUUGCUCGGAAAUAUUUUAUUUGCUGUAUUAUGUUCAUCCUGAUUUCUUCUAGGUCUAAAUAAAGUUUUAGCUGACAACUUGCUGAUGACCCUUCUGAAUCAGACCCCAUCACAGUUGAACUUGCUCAAUUGGUUCAUAUUUAGAGUUCGGGACGUCCAACUUAAAUAUGGAUAAUAUCUUAUCGAGCUACUUGAUAUUGUUUUGUCUGCUCUUUUUACCUACCAUUAAUUGGAUACGAUGAUUUUUCCUGCAUCUCAUUUGUCUGAUCCAAUUGCCAAAUAUGAGAACUGGUGCCUAGAACUCUAGGUUUUCCAUGAUUAUUUUUGUUUAAUAAUUUUUAUCAAUAUAAUACUACUUCAUUGGGUUUUGGCAAUUUUUUUGUUUCAUUGGUCGGAUGGUAGGUUUUGAUGUUUUUGUUAUUUCCCCAGUUCUUUCACUAAACAUUAUCAACUAUAUUGCCUUCUAAAUUCUCAGGGUCGUUUUCUUUCCUCUCUCAAAACGCAAGCACCUGCUGUAAAUACAGUCACUCGAAGGUCUGUACACCAUUUUUUGCAAUGUCUUUGUUGAAUUUCUUGCUGUUAUUGGUCUAAUAACUAAAUUUGCUUUCGAAAUCUCUCCUGUGCUUUGAUGAGGUUAGUGCCAUUCAUGGGCUUCUUGCUUGUGGUGGAGAAGAUGGGUCUGUGGAAUGUUUUGAUUUGAGAGUGAAAUCUUCAGUUGGAAGGAUUGAUGCUUGUAUGUCUGCAGGUGGCUCUAUUGAGGUAAUAAUAACGUCUUUCAAUCCAACUUUGUUUAAAUUAGUUAGUUUUCUUCGUGGACAUAUUAUGACUCAUACCUCUUCAGGAGGUCACUGCGUUGCAAUUUAAUGAUGACAGUGGCUUUUGCCUGGCUGUUGGGAGCAGCGCUGGAAAGGUUAGACAAGAUGUCAUUCUGCCCUAAUAAUCCAUUUAUAUACAUGCUAAUAUUGUAAAUGUAUAUGUAUAUAUUCCUAAUACUGUAUACAUGUAUGCACGUGUAGAUGGUCAAAGAAAGAUCGACAUUGCAGGCAGUGGACCGGUCAAUUUUACUCAUGACCUGAAGUCUUCGAAAAACUAAAUUCAAUUUCGAUGAAUUCUGCCUAGAGAAAUGUAUUGAGAUAAAAAUAAUUGAAAUGCGUUUUAUAAACGUAUAUGGGCCAUAUAAUCUAAUAUAUGUACACCAGGGAUAUUUUAUUUGAUAAAAGCUAUUUUAUUUCUUGUUCGGUUGGUUUCAAUCAUCAAUUACGUUAGGAAAACAUUUAGCAUGGGACUAUUUAAGUUGAUUGUUUUUGUAUUAAAUUUUUAUCUAUCACAUUCCACUGAAUGGCUUAUGGUAGAUGGCCAAAAGUGAGGCGUACUAAUUAAGGUCUCACUAUUGCGACUUGUAGUAUUAUUCCAGUCUGGGUUUUUUUCUGUUACAGAGAGAUAAUACUUUGGUUGGAUUUUUUAAACUAUGAAGAGCUUUAUUAUGCGGUAACUAGAGAUAGUGAUGGACUUAUUCUUAGGAUGUUGGCACCAAGUUGUUUCGAAGUCUCAUGGAUGCCAUCUCCGUGGAGUGUAAAUAGUUUGAGGAAUGAUGUGUCUUGGUUGAAUGCCAAGUUACGUCCGUGGUGUUGAAAAUUUUACAGGAAUGAGUAGUUUUCAAAGGUUCUUCACAGCUAGGCUGUUUUAUGGCUCAAUUAUAGUUUGCUUUUAUUGGCGUGUCAAUCAUGGUGUUCCUCUUAUUCAUUUUACCGUUGUGACUGCAGCCAUUUUCCUUAGAGGACCAAAUCUGAGUAUUUUUUUAGGCACAUGUUCGCAGACUUUGGCUAACGAAUGUGACCUCAAUAAGCUUCACAACGAAACCUAUGGGUGUCAGAACAAAUAUUAUGUAAUGGUGUAAAUGCAAUCUUUAUUCUCACCACGAAUUGGCAUGCAGUUCAACGGUUAGUGUGAACCAACGUUGAGCUCGCUAUCUUUGGGCCAAAUUGUAUGAGUAGUUGCACUGCUCAAUCGGUUGAGCCAACCAUUGGAUUACCUUAGAGAACUAUAUAUAAGCUAUGUAUUAUUUCAGAUAUUUUUUGUUCACGGUACUGGUCGAGUUGUUCCUUGAUAAUUUGUUAGCUGUGAAUGCUUCAAUUGCGCAUGUUUCACGUUCGCCUUUCACAGAUGAUGAGCAGCUUUAGAUGUAAAACUGUUCUUAAUAGUGUGUCUAGAUUCUUUUUCAGUUGGCUUUAGACUUGGAUUGUGGUCGGUACCAUUGAUUUGCCAAUAUCAGAUUUCAGCCAAGUGACUCUGAUCCCUAUUUCAAACUUCCGAACCCUUAAUAGGGAGAAUCUUUCAAGCUUUCUUUCAUGAAUAACAAUUUGUCUCUUUCGCCAAUGAAUUUGAAGGAGAAAGUUCAAUUCUUUUUUUGUUUGACUCUAUUUUGUCCUAUUUUGCCUCUAUUUUCCUGUUACUAAUGGCAGAUGUGGCAUGGUCAUCUAGUUUGUUCUUCCACUUGGGCAUUGAGUGGAACGUGGAGAAAGGUGUCAGCAUUAUUUUCUCCAUGCUUCGGUGUUUGUAAAUAUUCUAAAGCUUGUUCGAAAGCUUGAAUCUCAUCCUUUUUAAAAACAACAAUCGAUUACAUACCUUUUUGUAUUGAAUUAAUUUACAACACCUACCAAAAAUAUGCUGUCAUCGAUUACAGUUUCCUUAGUUUUUUUGGUACUUAUUGGCAAAUGUUUUGACGAUGAUCAAUCAAUUUCCUUUUUCGAACUGAGGGCGGUCUUGCAAUAUUUUUGUCCUUAUUGUUCAAGUUCUGUGAAGUGCAGGUACUAAUCUAUGACUUGCGUUCUUCUUAUCCUAUCAGAGAGAAGGAUCACAAGUAAGUUUGUCUGCGGAUUCUACAGUUCCCCAAUUACAUUUUAUAUCCGUUUUCCAUUUCUCUUGAGAGAAUUACUUAGUUUUUUGAUUAUAUGUAAUAUAUAGGAAUGACAGCGCAAUAGUGAACAUAAAAUGGCAUCAGACCCUCAAUUCGGUAAAGCCAAAAUUGAUCAGCGCCGAUUGUCAUAUUGUCAAUAUUUGGGAUCCUGAUACGGUAAGGUUAUUUCUUGGUAGAUGCUGCAUGAUUGGUGUUUAAUUUGCUAAUAUCCCUGGUGUUGAAGUGGAUUCUUAUUGUCCCAUCUUUCCUAAAAUGGGCUCUUCUAGCAGAUGUUGCUUACACAUGAUUGCAUUAGGAUUGAGGUAGCUUUUAUUCUUUGGGCUAUUUGCUGCGAACAGAGGGCAAAUUCUGAGAACUUUAUGACGAUUAAAAAAUUGGUACUAGAAUUCGUAGUCAUUUUCAUGACAAGUCAUAUGAUUUCUGGAGUUUGAACGUGGCGACAUGUUCCUUCAUCACAGUAGGGUUGGUGGGGAACUUUUUUUGUAGUUAUUCCUGGGGUUUACUUUGGGAUUAUCUUGUCUCUUAGGAGGGGCACAAAAGUGUGUGUACUUUAUUAUGAUUUUCUUUAUGAAAUGUAGUUUCACCAUCUCCAAAAGAAGUUUAGACCCAUACACGUAGUUCAUAUUAGGUGUUGAAUUUAGACAUUUCCUUUUGUCUCUUGCUAUCCUCCCGAUACCGGUUUCCUGUAAUUUCCAUUGCGCUUGUUUUCUUCAAACGAAUCUGUGACUAGUUCUGGUUGUCAGGAAAAAAAUGUUGUCAAUAAAAUUUCUUCUACUUUACUUCUUGUUGGAUCCUGAUGCUGCUAGCAUUUGUUCAAAGUAUUUUUCUCAUUGUUAGUUCCAAUUUAACUCUAUUUUUUAGAAUAUGCAUUCCGUAUUAACUGUAUGAAUUUUUUUUCUUUGAAUAUUUUUUGUGAAAACAUGCGGCCCUAGUUUAUGUCAAGUUAUAUCUGAGUGUCAGUUUAUUAUGGGCUUUUGCGGCGAGCUAGAUGAAGCCUUGGAGUUUUUUUCCUAGGUUGGUCAUUCUCACGUGAGAUUUAAAAGAUGGUACACCACUCUACAGGCAUAUGCUGGCGUCAUCUGGUAUUGGAUGCUUCAAAUAGACAAUUGCAAAAGAUGAUGGCUUAUCCUCUAAGCGGCCCUUUGAGCUUUAUGGAAUGAGAAGAACAUACACAUGUUUAAAAGGCAAAACUUUUGGUUUCCAGUUGAAAGGGCUUCAACCUUUAAAUAAGCUAAACCAAUAGAAUGGGUAUUUUCUCCCAUAUGGAAAGGCAUGCUAAUCAGAAUAAGCUAUAAUAACUUGGGAGUAUCCUACCGUUCCCUGUACUCUGAAAGAGUACAGGAAAAAUUUACUUCUAAAUCCCUUUCUUAUUUUGAUAUUGAAUGAAUAAGCGGCUUAGCCCAUAUUGAAAUUUAUGCUAUCCAAUUGUCUACUGUUUUUUUUGGCUUUUGAUUGCCUCAUAUGCUUGGGAAAAAGAAUUGUUAAAUUUAAGCUGGAGAACAGUAGCUGUCAAUGUUUACUUUAGGCAUGAACUUAUUCUCUGUAAUUUCAUUUCUUAGCGGAAUUUGAGCCAUUCAACUACCUAUUGUGAUGCAGAAUUUGUUGUUCGUUUUUCCAGGGAGAUAAUUUGACCAGCAUUCAACCAAGUGGUGAAGGUAGUGGAAAUAUCAACGAUGUUUGCAUCUUUCCUCGGAGUGGCUUGAUGCUGUUUGCUCUUGAUCAUAGUCAGAUACCUUCCUAUUUCGUGCCUGCUCUUGGUCCUGCCCCAAAGUGGAUUAAAGACCUUGACAGGACAGUGGUGAGAUGAUCCUUUCUGCUUUCCUAGUGCCACAAUUUUGGGUUAAGGAAACAAUUUUUAUGUAAAGAAAAUAAAAUAUAUUUUUCAUGGCCUUGACUUGCUCCUUUUUUAUGUUCCUCCUUUGUUCCCUUUGACAGGAUGAGGAGGAAAAUGCUGAGACGAUGAUAUUUGAGGAUGUAAAAUUUGUGACUGAAGAAGAGCUUGAAAAGUUAAAUUUGGGAUAUUUAAAAUCGUCCAAUCUUGUGAACCCAUAUUUGCACGGCUACAUUAUCAACCUUCAGCAAUAUAAGAAGGUAUUGCUACUUUGUUAUCACGGUUAUCCAAACACGUUGUAGAUUCUUAUUUCUUUUAGAAUAUAUUUUCUAGUAGCUUGUCAGUAGUUCUUGAUUCAUUACAAAUAAAAAACUGAUAGUACUUGCCUAGCUGAAAAAACAUACAGUCAAUUGCGAAUCUUAAAAUUAAAGGCGAUUUAUUUACCGUAAACUGUCAGCCAGUAGAUAAUAAUGACUCGUGAGGAUAUUGAAUGGAGGUUUAGCCCGCCUUACAGCCAUCCGACCAGAAAAGUAGGCGUACAAGUGGCGUCCACCCUUACCAUUCCUUCUUCCUGGCUAGGCCCUUCUAUGUACCCUUCAGGGCUGAGCUCUCUUCUAGGUGCUUGCUGUGGACAUUAAUUUCUCAUAUGAGAAGGUGCCAGACCAAUAAAUUUGGGGUCAAUAGCUGUUGGACUUGAUUCACAAAAGUAACAUUUCUCACAGAACUGAAUUUUCAUUCUACCCGCUGCAGGCAUCCUUUCACACCCUAGUAAGCAUUUUUCAACCUGACUAGAGCUCUUCGGUUUUUUUCCCUCUUCAUAGUGGUGAAAUGGCCCUACAUGUUGCAUAUAAGAUUUAUCUCUUCAACAAUAAUUCAAUUAUAAUUUCAUGUGUUGGGUAAGAUAGGCAAGGUUUCGAUCAUGUAUUAGGGAGCAGCUACUUUCCCCUUAUUGGCAGUGGUGACAGUCUUAACAGCACCCUAUGUCUUAACAGCACCCUAUGUAAGAGAAUGGCUCAUGGUGGGAAGAAAUGGGUUAUUCUGAAGACAUCUAAACGAGAACGAUUAUGAAUUGGUGGUUACCGUGUGUAAGAAGGACCAAUAAUGCUGUAAAGGAGAGAGAUUAAGGCAGCUAAUAUUGAAUUCUAGAAUUUUCGUUACUUCUCUUUUGCAUGCGAACCAUACAGAUGCAUAUGAGGAUAGAACCAGGCCAUUGGGAAAAAAAAUAUUUCAGUGCUGUUAAAUCUCUUCAGUGUGGUGGAUUGUAUACAGCAAAAAAUAUUUCAGUACUGUAAAGGAAAUGAGGAUAUUUCAGGAAGGGAGACAAAUGGCUUCACUCUGUGAUGACAUAGAAAAGGGUGACUAAAUGUUUUGUUUGUCUGUGAUACUAGAAGGGGGAAUUGAAGACAUGAAUGGGUGUUAUGAGAAAGCCUGAGGAGAUUUUGUUUAAAGACUUGUCAUUCUGGGGAUUAUGAUUUGCGCAAAAAGGUGCAGAUGAUAUUGGACAACGGAGAUUUAUGUCUUAGAAAACGGAGAAACAAUACAUAACUUUUCAAACGCAUUGAAACGUUUGUGGAGAGCUUUAAAAACGUGGUGUUGUAGGAAAUAUGGUAUUGUCCUUUUAUUCUUCACAAUAUUUCCUGUGAUUGAGAUGCACUGCGAUACAAAGCUUGUCUUGGAGUGAGGCUUCCCAUCUUCCUCAUUCUGUAGCACCGAAACUGAAGCUAUGACCAUAUGGAAGGAUAUUGUUACAUGGUGAAUGCUGAACCGACAAUUGUGAACUACUUAGACAUGUCAAAAUAUUUCUGGUAUGCUUGUCGUCUGAGAGAGGUGGAUGGUAGUACUUAUAGAGGGGGUAGAUAUUGUACGCUCAUUUGAGAGUAGAAGUCUCGAGUAUCUAAGCCCUAUUUGUCCUUGGUUCUAUAAGUCAGUCCUCACCCGGUUAUUUACGUAACUGUGUGACAGUGCAGAAAUCUCAUCAUUUGGCAUAAUAAUAAAGUUUGAAACUUAAAAGAAUGAUUGAAAGCUGUAAUUAUCCUAACUAGUGCAUGCUUGUGACAGUUCAGUAAAGAGCAGUGAAACGUUCACCUCUCAUUUCACGAGAAAAUGAAUAUUGGUUUCCAAUACAGCCCAUAAUCUGCUUUUCUGCAAGGCUCUCCCCUCCUGAGUGGUCUACAUCAAUAAAUGGAAUAGUUUUCUGUUCAGAUUCUUUUUUGGGUUCUGUUGCCUCUUUAUUUUUUCAGAUGCUUCUACCUACUUAUCAACAUUUUCUUACCUGCAAAUUAUCCGGCACUUCUGUUCUCAAGGAAAAAAUGUCUAUGCUUGAUUACUUUCUUUGCAUAUUUUGCGUUGAUAUCCUUUGCAUAUUUAUGGAAUUAAUUUUCUGUUUUCCUACGCCUAGUUUGAAGGGUUAAUUACACUCCUGCACGCAGUAAGUAAUAUGGCGUGUAUCUAUUGUCGCACAUUAAUGGGAGUCUUUUCCAUUAAGGAGUCUGGAUAUCAUUCCUCCUCUGUUCUCUUACAGAACCUGUAUCAUUUCUAAAUUUUCUUGCUGUCGUUCUUUCAUUUGGUCCAACAUUAUCUUAUCAGAUGUGUCGCCCCUUUAUGAUAUGGAGCUUGCUUUCUGGCAUAGUACAAUUCAAUAUUUUUCUCCACAGUUUUCCUUUGGUAGAUUUGAGUUCGAAAUUUAAAAUUUGCUGGUAAAGCUUAUUGCUGGCAUAGUUCUUUGGGUAAUUUCACUUUUGCAUAAAAUAUCGGCGUGAUCAUUGUUUUCUAGGAUUGGUGGCCCUGUUAAUCUAAAGUUGUUUUGAAAACUGCUGCUAAUUAUCUCGAAUAUAUGUUCUAGAAUGGAUGUGUACAGUGAUUGAAGCGGAAUAGUAAGUCAAGUCUACCAAAUGCAUGCCAUUAUUAAAUUAUAAAUCCAGAGGAUACUUCUUGUUCCAAACGCCUUGCCCCAUUUUUUUGUGAUCCAUAAUUUGCUGGUUGUUCUUUUUAAGGCACGAGCUUUGGCAAAUCCAUUUGAAUAUGAAGAAUAUAUUGAGAAGAAAAAAGAAGAGAAGCUUGAGGCUGAACGUGCUGCUCGUAUUACGGUUCGUUCCUUCUUCUGUUUGAAUGUUUACUUGAUUUUUUAGGAUUUUUUUUCUGGGUACCCCGUCUUUCUUUCAAGAACUUGCUUUUUGGCAAAAUUGGGCUGUCUGCUCUGGCAAAUCUUCCAGUUGUCACUGUAUCCAUCUUCUUGGACGAAAUCUAUUCUUCAUUAGGACAGAUGGCGAUUCCAGUUAUGAUGGACAAUACCUUUCUUCAUUAGAACAUUAUUUCUGUUUGUUGUCAUUAAUGCUCAUCCAUUCGAACAGAAUUGCCUCUCAAUUUCAGUUUUAGCUGGUCAAAAUUCGUGGAUGCGGUUUUGGUAUAAGAUUAAGGUGCUAUCUUUCAUUGGGACUUUGCUUGGGCAGAAUAAAUGACGUUGAAACUCCAUUGGAGUUCUUAGGUUUCUAUUGUUGAACCAAAACUGUACGAGAAGCUCAGAAAAACCCGUCUCGUGCUUGUUGUACUGGAAUGUGCCAUAAGACAGUUUUGAGAAGCUUUAGCUCAGAUUCUGUGAAUAUGCAUCAUGGAUUAUAAGGUUCAGCCCAGAAGUUGUUUCAUUGUUCUAAUGGCUUAUUUUCCGUUGCAGAUAAAGCGAAAGCUACCUAAAGUGAACAGGUCGUAUGCAGCAAGCAUUCUUCACAAUCCGGAGGCUGAAGAAGGUGAUAUUGACAAGGAUGAUGCUUCUGAGAAGAAAAAGUCAUCAAAUAAAAGGAAGGUUGUGCGCACUGAACUGUUGAAGGAUGAACGUUUUUCGGCAAUGUUUGAGGAUAAGGUAAAAUCAGUAGAUUAUGGUCUUCUGUCUGGGAAAAGGCUGGUUAAAUGCUUUUAAAUUUUGUUGAUGACAUAAAUGAUUGAUUCCAUUUUCGUUAAUAACAUUAUUUUUGAGAUAAAUAGAAAAUUGGUGUCAGAGUUUUUGCUUAUACAUAAAAAUGAUCUACUUUUUUUCCAUACCCAGUUGUGGAUUUGUGUCAGGCUUUAUCUGUUUGUAUCAUUUGAAUCUGUGAGCUUUUCUUGAACCUCAGGAAUCCCAAUUUCUGGAGCUUUAGAUGAUUUUAUUAGCACUAAUAAUUAUUUGACUAAAGUCGUGGAUUGCAGCAUUGCACCCCCCAAGUUACACUUUUCUUACUAAGGUUCAUUCCAGCUGAAGAUCAAUCAAGAUGCAUGAUCAAUUCCAGCCAUUGCUCAAAGUCAACGGCUUUGCCCGAAUUUGAUGCUUGAUUAAUUAUUUCAAUGAUCUCCGAGACAAAUUUACUUGUGCCUCGGCAUUUACGUUGUCAACCUGCAUUUCUUUUAGGCUUAUGGGGCCUUUUUUCCAUCCACAGAAAAAUGGAUUUCUAGUUCUCUGCAUUUCCUUUAUGCUGGUGUCUGGCUUUUUUUUCUCGUAAAUUUGCUUAUUUCAAGAAUAUUUUUUCGGCUGUUCACCCAAUUUAUCUCGGACUUUUCCAUUUUUACAAGAUCAUUCUGAGGUUUUUGGCUGCUCCAUUCUGCUCUCUCUAUACCUUCGAUAUCUUAUCAUUGAAAACUUCAUUGAUUUGAUACCCGUUCUUCUAUACCUUCUGCAUCCUUGACAGGACUUCGAAGUGGACGAGACGUCUGAGGAGUACAUCUCCAGGCACGCUCACUCGUUGAGGAACAAGAAGAGGCCUUCUCUGAUUGAGGAACACUUUGAGCCAGUUUUGGAAGAUGAACACGAAGGAGAUGAUGGCCUGAGCGACUCAGAUGCUCCAGCAGCUUCUGCCUCCUCAGACGAUCUGCCCAAUGGCGAGAAACCCAGAGCGAGGAAAGCGAGCACAAAGACCCCAAGGUGGGACAUUUUUCUACCCUGUGACAAUGAUCUAUGAUAGAGAUUCAGAGGAUGUUACUUAUAUUCUUGAGGCUUUGACUUUCUUCUGAUUGGUCCGUUCAUCUGCAGCUCCACCCUCGUUCAUGAUUGUUGACCCCUGCUCUCUUCCGACUUGCAGGCUUUAUGAGGUGAAGGACGAGCGCCAUGCGGAGGCAUUUCUGAACAGGGUGUCCCUAGCGGAGGAGGACGCCCUCCCGCUGGGCGAACGAGCUGCCCGCCAGGAGCGGCGGGCGCCCGGUGGCGCCGCCGACGUGAAGCUCGGCCCCGGCGGCUCCCGAGAGAUCACCUUCUUCUCCAGGAGCUCCAAGAAGGGCAGCAGCAGGGACGUCCGGGAGGAUCAGCGCGAGGGCAAGCGGAGGAGCGUCCACCCUCUCGGCCUCAAGUCAGAUAGGUCGAGCUUCUACGGCAAGGGAGGGCGCGGCGGCGGCGGAGGCCGUGGCCGUGGCCGUGGCCGUGGCCGGCGGGGGAGGAGAGGAUGA